GUGCUUGUAAACCGCUCAGUCCCUGGGAGGCCGGGAGGCAGGGCUGCCGGUUGGAGGGGAGAGGGGCCGCGGGUACGGGGAGAGGACCCCCAAUCCUGGUCAAGUUCUCACCACCCCCUCCCCGGCUGAUUUCUAGCGGAGGGUGUGCCAGGGGAGACGGGAUCACCGGGGAAGGCUCCGGCUAGGCGCGCGAGGAGGCGUCCCCGGGAUCGGGGUAGUUGGCACUGGGAAGGGGCUUUUGGGACACCCCGAAAGUGAGUCCAGCUGGUAGAAGAAGCUGCGGGCACGUCGGGCGCUCCGGCCGGAGAGGAAGUUGGGCGGGUGCGAACUUUUCUUGGAAGGUAGAGGCCAAACUGCGGGAGCAGCUAGGGGCCGCGCGCAGAGGGAGGAGCGGUUGGCGCGGCACGAGGGCGCGGGGCGCGGGCCGGCCGCAGAGGGGGCCGCGGCGCGAGGCGGAGCCCGGGCGCUCCGCCAAGCUGGUGGGGGCCCCGUCGGGCUGCAGAUUCCCUCCGGCUGCCGGAGCCGCGGCAGGACCGGCCAGGAGGCGCCAUGGAGGGGAGCCCCAUCCCUGUGCUGACGGUGCCGACGGCGCCCUACGAGGACCAGCGGCCGGCCGGCGGCGGGGGGCUGCGACGGCCCACCGGGCUCUUCGAGGGUCAGCGCAACUACCUGCCCAACUUCAUCCAGAGCGUGCUGUCGUCCAUCGACCUGCGCGACCGCCAGGGCUGCACCAUGGUGGUCGGCAGCGACGGCAGGUACUUCAGCAAGACGGCCACGGAGAUCGUGGUGCAGAUGGCCGCGGCCAACGGGAUUGGUCGGCUGAUUAUUGGACAGAAUGGCAUCUUGUCGACACCUGCUGUUUCCUGCAUUAUCAGAAAGAUCAAGGCAGCUGGUGGAAUCAUCCUGACAGCCAGCCACUGCCCUGGAGGACCAGGGGGAGAGUUUGGAGUGAAAUUUAAUGUUGCCAAUGGAGGUCCUGCGCCAGAUGUCGUCUCAGACAAAAUCUAUCAGAUCAGCAAAACAAUCGAGGAAUACGCCAUAUGCCCUGAUUUACGAAUCGACCUGUCUCGACUAGGAAGACAAGAGUUUGACCUGGAGAACAAAUUCAAACCAUUUAGAGUGGAGAUAGUGGACCCAGUGGAUAUCUAUCUCAACCUCCUUCGGACCAUCUUUGACUUUAAUGCCAUCAAGAGUUUGCUGACUGGGCCCAGCCAACUGAAGAUCCGAAUUGAUGCCAUGCACGGAGUUAUGGGACCCUAUGUGAGAAAAGUCCUGUGUGAUGAGCUGGGAGCCCCAGCCAAUUCUGCAAUCAACUGUGUUCCCCUGGAAGAUUUUGGAGGGCAGCAUCCUGACCCCAACCUGACAUAUGCAACGACCCUUCUGGAAGCUAUGAAAGGAGGGGAAUAUGGGUUUGGAGCUGCAUUUGAUGCUGAUGGGGACCGUUAUAUGAUCCUAGGCCAAAAUGGCUUCUUCGUGAGCCCUUCUGACUCCCUGGCCAUCAUUGCUGCCAACCUCUCUUGCAUUCCGUAUUUCCGUCAGAUGGGGGUCCGAGGGUUUGGGAGGAGUAUGCCCACCAGCACAGCCCUGGACAGAGUGGCCAAAUCAAUGAAGGUCCCUGUGUAUGAGACCCCAGCUGGAUGGAGAUUCUUCUCAAAUUUGAUGGACUCAGGCCGGUGCUCUCUGUGUGGAGAAGAGAGCUUUGGCACUGGCUCUGAUCACCUCCGGGAGAAAGAUGGCCUCUGGGCUGUCUUGGUCUGGCUCUCCAUUAUCGCUGCCCGGAAGCAGAGUGUGGAGGAAAUUGUCCGAGAUCACUGGGCCAAAUUUGGCCGCCACUACUACUGCAGGUUUGAUUAUGAGGGGUUAGAGACCAAGACGACCUAUUACAUCAUGAGGGACCUGGAGGCCUUGGUCACAGACAAGUCCUUCAUCGGCCAGCAGUUUGCUGUGGGGAGCCAUGUCUACAGUGUGGCGAAGACAGACAGCUUUGAAUAUGUGGACCCCGUGGAUGGCACUGUGACCAAGAAACAGGGCCUGAGGAUCAUUUUCUCAGAUGCAUCUCGGCUCAUCUUCCGGCUCAGUUCCUCCAGUGGUGUGCGGGCCACCAUCAGACUGUAUGCAGAAAGCUAUGAGAGGGAUCCCAGUGGUCAUGACCAGGAGCCCCAGGCAGUGCUGAGCCCUCUCAUAGCCAUCGCGCUGAAAAUAUCCCAGAUUCACGAGAGAACCGGCCGGAGGGGCCCCACUGUCAUCACCUGAAUGGAGGACAGAUCACUCACCACAGCCAAAAGGACGCGCUCGGCGGGGGACGCUUCACUCAUGCCUUCUUGCUACCUGUUUGUGCCUCUUAUGACUUUGAAAAAAAAAACAAAGGUUGAUUUGGUGGUGGGCGGGGUAGGUGGGGAAAGAAAAAAAAAGUCUGUUUUGUUUGGGUUUUAGUCAGUUUCUGCAAAUGCAACAGGGUCUUAGGUUGUCUCUGAAAGCUGCACUGUCAUCUGAUAUCUGUGCUUUAUCACACAAGGGAAGCUGCCCUUUUGAGAGAGAAUCAGUGGGCUGGGAAUAGUCAGGGCAUCUGUGCAUCAUUGGUGUCAGGUGAGAGAAGGUUCUGGAAUAACGGAGGAGAGUGCAAUGCCAGAAGUCAGCUGACCCUAAGCCCCAGGUGCUCCUGGACAGACCUAAGAAGGUUCUCCUCAGCAGGGGGAGAAUUUAACUUUUCAUCCCAGGUCAGGUCUCCCAUGGAUGAAAGUUGUAGAACUCCUAAUAGCCCACUGCAUGCCCACCAACCCCCUGAUGGCCACUUACCCUCCUUCCCAUCUCCAAAGUCCCCAUGCCACCCCCUUCACAUCUUCAAGAGCUUUCUACAAACCACAAUGACACACUUUCAACAAAACAUAUCAAAGGGUGUUUUUCUCUCUUAUUUUGUAAAUAAUAUCAAUACUAGCUAUUAAGCAGGCUGCAUUCCUUCAAAUUCAGCCAUUCAUUACACAGGUGGGAGGUCAUUUCUUAUCAGGACUCUGAGAAUGAAUGCGGAACAUUUUCGGCCCUGCCUUGAUUAUAUCACGUGGGUUGGUACAUGAGUUGAUACUAAUUCCUGCUAAGAAGGCAAAAUACCACCAUGUCGGCUGUCUCUCUGACUUUCUCGCUCUGCUAACUUAUCUCCCAAUAAGGGCCUGUUUUCAUGCACUUGUUUGGACACAGUUCAGAUCUUACUUGUCAUGGCUGUAAAAGGAGACAGUGAAAUGCUGUAAAAGUAGGAGAUGAAGUGGAUGCUGGAAGGGAACCUUGCUGGUGGCACAGUGAUGGGCCUGACGAGAUGGCAGGGAGGGUGGGGUCCCCUCCUGGAAAGCAGAGGGUCACAGCUGGCUUUAUUUGCCCAGAAAAAAGAUACUGUGGCCCUGGCAGCCUCCGUCAGUCCUCAGCCAGAACCCUGGGUGCACAGGACCUGUUUGCAUAUGUUUUGCUUCCUUGGGAACGCACCCACUUAUCAUGUCAUUGGCACAGAUAACAUGGUGCGCUUUGACCGUUCAGCAACGCGUUACUGCUGUAGUCAAGAUUAGGGCAAGCAGGGAGACAUUCUCAGCAAGGUAUUUGUUUCCAUUUUCUAUCUAUGCUUCUGUCAGAAACUUGCUAGGACCUUUAGUAGCUAAUAAAAAAGAAAUUUCUGAUUUCAACCUUA